AUGCAGAUUUAUAUUAAACGAAGAAGAAUGAACAGUGGAAAUUGUUCCUCAUUACCAGAAUUCCUUCUCUUGGGAAUUACCAAUAAUUCUGAAAUGAAAGUAGUUCUAUUUUUGUCACUUCUAGUAGUUUAUCUUGUUAUUCUGCUGACCAAUCUUGGAAUGAUCAUUUUAAUCAGAGUGGAUUCCCGGCUUCACACACCCAUGUAUGUUUUCCUCAGCCACCUGUCCUUCUCCGACCUCUGCUACUCCAAUGCAGUUGGCCCUAAGAUGCUGCUGGACCUACUUGCUGAGAACAGAUCAAUUCCCUUCAUAGGCUGUGCUCUGCAGUUGUUCACCUUCUGUGUUUUUACAGAUGCUGAGUGUGUGCUGCUGGCCGUGAUGGCCUUCGAGCGGUACAAGGCCAUCAGCAGCCCCCUGCUGUACCCAGCCCACAUGUCCAGCAGGCUGUACUGCCAGCUCCUGGCUGGGGUUUACCUGGUGGGGCUGACAGAUGCUCUGAUCCACACCACACUUACAAUGCGUUUGUGUUUUUGUGGGUCUAAUGAGAUCAAUCAUUUCUUCUGUGACAUCCCUCCUCUCCUCUUAAUAUCUUGUUCAGACACACAGGUCAAUGAGCUAAUCAUUUUCACUAUAUUUGGAUUCACUGAACUGAGCACCAUCUCAGGAGUCCUCAUCUCCUAUUGCUACAUCAUCUUAUCCGUCUUAAAGAUCCGCUCUGCGGAAGGGAGGUUCAAAGCUUUCUCCACCUGCACCUCCCACCUCGCUGCGGUUUCCGUUUUCCAGGGCACCACGCUCUUCAUGUACUUCGGGCCCAGUUCUUCCUACUCCCUAGACCAGGACAAAAUGACCUCACUGUUUUACACCCUGGUCAUUCCCACGCUGAACCCCCUGAUCUACAGCCUACGGAACAAGGACGUGAAGGAGGCCCUGCAGAAGCUGAGAAACAAAAAAUGGCUUUAA